AUGGACCUUACGGCCUGGCACAAGAAGCACAUCGAGUCGAAGGAGUGGAACCGGCUCUUCGCGGAGGGAAAGCUUGCUGAGAAUCCGUCUCAGCAUCUGUGGGCGUUCGGCGUGGCUGGGUGGGUUAAACGCCUGCUUGGCAUUGAGUCACGAAGCACCCUCGAAUUCAUAGUUAUCCCUAUUUGUACGAACAGAAAUUUGCUUGCUGCACAUACUUAG